AUGCUUUCAGACUCCAAAGAAAGUGGACACACUCAACAGCCUGAUCUACAAGGCCCUACUACAAGUAAGAUCAAAUGAGACCAAUUGAGGACAGAGGGGCUAAAUUAACUUGAACCCUAGUAUUGCAGUUUUGAACCCUAGUACAUUGGAAUCUUAAUUUUGAGCUCUAAAAUGUCUGAUUGAUGGUGGGACAAAAAUUAAGUAUCUCAAAUUGUAGAGAAAAUAUGACUUUGAUCAUAUUGACUGAAUCUAGUUAAUUUUACUGUAAAAUUCAUAAUUCAAAUAAAGUAACCUUUUUGUCAGAAAAUAAUUAAUUUAUACACAUAUAAACACUGAAACAUAUUGUACACAAUACUUGCCUCAUUUCAGGUUCAUUAUUCUGGGUCCAUAACUUUGGAGAAUCCCAGGGGUGGAAGUUGAUACUAUACCCAACUCACCAAUUUAAACAACAAAGGAACUAGGCUUGAGAUAGAUCUUUGCUCAGAGGAGCUUAACAUUUGAUUGAGAGGAGUAAGGGACCCUUUUCUAGCAUUCUAUAAGGAGCAGUGUUUUUUGGGGGGUGCAUGCCAGCACGCACGCAACCUUUUCUUUUAAAAUCUUUUUAUAUUCAUUUCCACAUCCCCAAAUUUUCUUAUAAGAAUAAUACAGUUUGGGGUUAUGCAGGUUGUGAGCUGUCAUGUCAGUUGACAUGCAUUUUUUAUUUUCAGAAGCUUAAGACUGUAACAUUUUUGUUAUAUGUAUCAAAUUUGUAGUUAUUUAUUUCAUCUACAAACAAGUCUGUUUUAUUUUGUCAGUUUGCCCUCACCCCAAGAAGAGUCCCAUCAGCAGAACAUGUUUCUUUCUUUCUUUCUUUCUUUCUUUCUUAAUUUUUUAUUAGAUAUUUCAACACAGUAAUUUAAACAAAAAUACAUCAUCCACAUUGUUUUCCCCCUCCUUCCCCCCCUCCCCUCUAAACAGAAAACCCACCCCACCCCCGGACUUCCCUCAGCUCCUUUCUUCUGGUUUCUCAACACAUCUUUCUGUCUGCAUAUUGUGAAAUUGUAAAGAUCCUCAGAUUAUCUAUCUAUAUAUUACAAUAAAGAGUUUGUGAAUGUUUAUUCAAAACCUGCGAAAGAGUCCAAUUCAUUUUGUAUUUCGUAAAUGGUUCCCAUUCAUCUUUAAAAUCACAGUUAUCCUUGUCAUGUAGUUUGUGUGUCAGUUUUGCCAAUUCCACAUAGUCCAUCAGUUUUUCUUGCCACAGUUCUUUCGUCGGGAUUUCCUCAUUCUUCCACCCUUGUGCUAUUAAGACUCUUGCCACCAUUAUCGUGUACAUAAAAAUGUUUUUUAAAUUUCUUUGGCAGGUCUUUUCCCACAAUCUCUAAUAAGAAAGCUUUGGGGGUUUUCACAAAUGUUAAAUGAAACAUUUUCUUUAACUCAUUAUAUAUCAUUUCCCAGAACAUUUUAAUUUUACUACAAUCCCACCACAUAUGGUAAAAAGUCCCUUCUUUUUCCUUACAUUUCCAACACAAAUUUGAGCCAGUUUUAUACAUUUUCCCUAAUUGUACUGGUGUUAUAUAAUACCUAUACAUCAUUUUCAUGUAAUUUUUUUCCAAUAAAGAACAGUCUGUAAAUUUUAAGUCUAUUUUCCAUAAUCUUUCCCAAUCUUCCAACAUAAUGUUAUGGCCUAUGUCUUGCGCCCAUUUAAAGCAGAACAUGUUUCUUACUUUAGAGCAGGGGUGGCUAACAAGGUGCCCUCCAGAUUUUUGUUGCACUCAAGCUCCCAUCAGUCCCAAUUAGCAUAGCCUCUGGCUGGGGAUGUUGGGAAAUGUAGUCUAGCAACAUCUGGAGAGCACCACAUUGAUUAGCUCUGCUUAAGAGUCUAUCUUAAUGUUGUGUUCAUAACUACAUGUUUUAAAAAUCUGUUGUUGUUUUUUAAAAACCCAUUUAGAUUAUUGAAUUUGCUUAUAUAAUAAUUGUGCUUCCAGAUUUACUGCAGACCAUAUUUAGAUUUCUGGGAAGCAUUUGGCAAGUCUGUUUGCACAUUAGUACAACAUUCUCUAAGUUCUCACUCAUGAAUGUUGAGACUGUUUUCUAUAAUUUUGAAAGAUGAUUGAACUGGAUUUCCAAGUUCCUAGUUCCUACUGUAUUUUUAUAGCAACCUCUUCAAAAUUGUCCUUGAGGUACCCCAUAUUAAGUAUCUGUGGUCAAUGCAACACAAUCCUUGUCACAUAUAUUUAUCACGGCAUCAGAUUCGAUGUGCAAAAAGGCCACCUCCACCUCUACCCCUUUCCUUCCUAUCAGUUCUCCACAUUCCCAUGGCAUAUAAAAGUGGGAUGCUCAGGUAUGUCUUGUUUCAUGUUGUGUUGCAGGUUUAAAAGGAGGAAGAGGAGACAUACAAAAGGGGAGAUAUUUAAAAUAUACUUCCUGUCCUUCCAUUAUUAUAAUAGUAGCUAGCCACCAAGAAAAUUUUGUUUGUCUACUGCCUGACUGCGGCUAAUCUAUAUUUGAAUCAUUUUAUUGGCUUCCCUUCCCCUUUGGCCGUAGAGACUAAAGGCAGAUGCAGAGGCAGUAACUAGGAUUCAGUGGGUGAUAUUUUUUAUUAGAUCAGCAUCACAUAUUACUGAAAGGACAUCAUGGACUACUCAGCUGACACAAAACCCCACACAUACACUUACAAAAGAAUAUAAGCCUCAUCACCCCUCCCCCCACCUUAUACUAUACUCAACACUAAUGUCUACAAUAAAUGUAACUGAUUUGUAAGAAAGACUGUGCAACCUGAAAAAAAUAGAGAAGGCACUUUUGUAAACCAAGAAAAUCUUUAAUAAAGACAAAUUUAAAAAACAACAACAGCAAGGUUAGGUAGCUUCCACAACAUGUCUAUCAAAUAACCAAUCCUAUUGCUACUAGUUUAUGUAAUGGUCUUACAAGGGGAGUAUCAUUUUGUUGGCUAGGCAAUUUAGGAAUGUGCUCCCUCACUUCUGGUGCUGUGCCUAGGAAGCCACCAAAGUACUGACCAAUGAUGUGGCUUAUCUUCACAAUGCAGCAUAGGAAAAAGACAAAUUCUCCCACUUGCUUAAGCAAUACAAGGGUGUGCUCCUUGCACAAGGGGUGAAUGCUUUGUAGCUCUCCACAAAGUACGGCCUAAAUGCAAACUCAGGAGUUGCUUUAGCUCAGUCUUAACAGCUACAGUUAUUUUUAUUUUUCAUUUGUGCGCUUUCAGGCAGUAUUACUGACAAUUAAAGGAAAUGGCCAUAACCGAGUGGUAGGCUCUAUCUCUGACAUCUCCAGGUAAGUCCGGGAAUGUCUUCCUUCUGAAAACUUGGAGAGCCAUUGCCCUUCAGGGUGGACAAUACUGAGGUAGAUGGACCAAUGGUCUACCUCAUUAUAAGGUAGCGUCAUAUGCUGUUGCAGUCCCGAAGAUGUCAAAUGAAAUAAGUCACUACUUCCAGUUUAUGCAUCAUUCUGCAGCUUCCUGUCUAUGAAGCAUAACAAGUAAACAUUAAGCAACACACUUCAUUUCACGUAAAUAAUGUAAAUCCUACAUUUAUUACACACACCUCAUCUUACUCUAUUGUCCUAGAUUUCAAAAUUGAAAUCUUAAAGGUCUACUGUCAAAUGUUUGACUUACAUUAUAGUAGUUGUUUUCCCCCAUUAUUUUUACUGUGAAUAUCUCAGUCUUUGUAGCAGAAACAUUUUGAAAGCUCAGAAUGAGCUUAGGUUUGCAAGAGAGGACAUCUGGCUUGCCAGUUGUACAUGUGAAAAUGAUUGAGGAGGGUUCUUAGUGGACUACCACCUUACAUGAGUAACAAGUGUGAUGCAGCAGCAAAAAACAAACAAACAAAAAAACCCCUAAUGCUAUUCUAGGUCGCAUCAGCAGAGGUAUAGUGUCCCAAUCAAGGGAAGUAAUAAUACCACUCUAUUCUGCCUUGGUCAGGCCACACCUGGAGUACUGUGUUCAGUUCUGGGAACAACAAUUUAAGAAGGAUAUUAACAAAGAAGAGAUAUGCAAACUAUCUCCAAAUUAUGUAAAGGGCUGUCACAUGGAGGAGGGAGAAACCUUUUUUUUCUUCUGCUCCGGAAGGUAGGACCCAAACCAAUGACUUCAAGUUACAAGAAAGGAGAUUCCAACUUAAUAUCAGGAAGAACUUUCUGAGGGUAAGAGCUGUUCAACAGUAGAACAGACUCCCACAUGAGGUGGUGGACCCUCCUUCAUUGGAAGGCCCUUUGUCAUAGUUGAGAUUCCUGCAUUGCAGGGGGUUGGACUAGAUGACAUUGGGGUCCCUUCCAACCCAAUAAUAAUAAUAAUAAUAAUAAUAAUAAUAAUAAUAAUUUUUAUUUAUACCCCGCCCUCCCAGCCAAGGCCGGGCUCAGGGCAGCUAGCAAGCAAUAAUAAAAACAAGUUGAAUGAAUACAACUUAAAAACAAGAUUAAAGUAUAACAUUAAAAUAUUGAAACAAUAUAAUCUUAAAAUGCAGCCUCAUCACAGGAGGAGAAAGGAAAAAGAAAAAAGAAAGAGGGGGAGGUAAUCAAACUGGCUCCAAGCCAAAGGCCAGGCGGAACAACUCUGUCUUACAGGCUCUGUGGAAAGAAAUCAGAUCCUGCAGGGCCCUGGUCUCAUGAGGCAGAGUGUUCCACCAGGCUGGAGCCAGUGUUGAAAAGGCCCUGGCUCUGGUUGAAGCUAAUCUAACUUCCUUAGGGCCCGGGGCCACUAGGGUGUUGCUAUUUAUGGACCUUGAGGCUCUCCGUGGGGCAUACCAGGAGAGGCGGUCCCGUAGGUACGAGGGUCCUAGGCCAUGAUUCUAUGAAAAAAUGAACUGCACAAAUGUUAAUUUUAAAAAAUGCUGUGCACUUUACUAAUCUGCAAGGAUUUAUAAAACAUUGUUCUAAAAUGUCCUCUAUUUGUAUUUCUCUAUUUGUAUUUUAUCUUGUUCAGUCAUUUGAGAAGCUUUGAAAAAAGUGAGUAACAAAUGCAAUUAAUAAUAAUAAUAAUAACCAAAUACCAGUAGGUUUUAUCAAGUUCAAAAGAUGAGUCUAGGGAGAAAAAUGAAACUUCAGUAUCUUUCAGUUUUGAUGGUGAAGAUUUCUUCUCUCUCUCUCUCUCUAUAUAUGUUGACUUUCUAGACUAAAACUAUUUUAAAAUUCAACAUAGCACAAGUCAAAGGGACAUAUGUUAGAAGACUGAUGGGUUAUUUAAACUUUGCAAGGAAAGCAUUUAGUUUUAAAUUCUCGGUUUUAGUUUCACAAGCCUCAUUAUGUAAAGCAAAUAUUGAAAUGCCUGUUAGGCUGCAAUCCUAAACAUCCUUUACCAGUGAGUAAUUUCCAUUGAACUCAGUGGGCCUUAUCUCUGAAUAAACAUGUUUAGGAGUGUGCUGUCUUUCUUUCAGGUUUUUUCAAAAGUAUAUAUAAUAACGUUAGUUCUUAAAUUGUGCAAUAUUGACACUAUGAAAAGAAAGUUUUGGCAAUAUUAUAUCUUGUUGGUGAUGGUAGCUUCAUAUAAGCAAGCUGUGAGGUGAGAACUGCAGUUGUCUCAACAAACUAUGUAAUGUGAAUUUACUCUCAAACUAUUUCUGAAGCACAUUACCUUUCUUGUCUACUAUCCUCAUGUAUAUGCACAAUGGCCAGUGUCAAAAAGCAUCAAGAGCUUUGCUGAAAAGUAGUCUGGAGCACUACAUUUCUUUAUGUGAAUGAGCCUUCAGCUCAUCAACUGCCUCUCCAUUGUCAGCUACCCAAAUCUUGGAAGCUUUUGUUUUUAUUUUUAACUAACUACUGUUUCACAAUGUAUGCAAACCCAGACCACUGACCACAGUUUAGAGUUUGGACAUAACAUGAAAUUGCAGUUUCUUGUGUUAUUAAGGUUAUAUCGGGGCAGGGUGGGGCAAGGUGUUCUGAAAUAUUGGGGCCCUGAUAUAAAGAGAUUUAUAUCAAAACCAGCACUCUGAAUUGGGCUUGGAAGCAGUGUUAGUUUUUUAUUAUUAUUAGGGGGUACUCAAGGGCACGCAGAACCAGCACCUCUUUUGCUGUUGUUAAAAAGUGUGGCACCGUAACAACUUCAUGCUGAGUACUGGCACCUAUUUUUCUAAAACAAAAUAAAAAAUAAAAGUGUACAGUCAGCCAAUGUAGGUGUAACAGAUUUGGUAUUACAUGAUGUGUCCGUCUCAAACCUGUCAACAGUUAGUCAACUGCUCUAACUGAAGCUUCUGAACUAUUUUCAAAGGCCAGUCUCAUAUACAGCACAGAGAGAAUAUAUUGACCAAAGAGAGAGAUGUAUAAGCACUGGGAUUCUGGCAGAUGGCCCAGGUGCCUUUUUCUCUGUGACAGUGCAGCAGUUAUCAGACAGAGGAGCUAUUGGUCUGAUUUUUGUUGUGCUGCAGAACCAUCCAAAUAGUGUUCAGAAAGAAGUACAGUAGUUAAUCUGGCCAGCCAGGCCAAGAAAUAAGAAGCCAAAAGGAGCCUGGUUAACCAUACAUCAACAUCAUAAAAAGUAGGUGCUCUAGAGGUAUCUUUGUCUUGUCUUGCUUCACUUGGGCUACUGCCGUCUGGGGAACUGUACAGAAGUGCAUAUCAUGCUUCUGGCCCUUCAAACAUAGGGUUGUUUUCUGUUUCUUGUGAUCUGUUUUCUUGCCUGCCUUAUACUGUCUUCCUCUGACCACCUGGCCUCUUAUUUCUGGAAACUGAUUUGUAUUCAUUCCGGAUUGCAGCAUUCACCUCUGAUACUCAUCAUGGACUGUUUUCAGGUUUGGUUCUGUUUUCCCCAGCAGGCUGCUUGAGCUGAUCAAGUAGUCCACAGCAAAAGUUUAGCAAGUGUAAAACCAAAAAAAAAUCACUGGCUUUGUAAUUUAUGUGGUUUGACGGUAAUCAACAAAAAUAUCAGUAUCAUUUUAUUUAUUCGUCACAUUACUCAUAAAAUGACUCAAAGUAACUUAUAACACACAGUCAAUAAAAACCUAAAAACAACAACACAUCUAUACAAAUAUAAGAUAGGUAUAGUAGAUCCUGCUCCACCAGAAGAUGCCACAAAGAUUUUAAAAACUUCCAAACUAAGGACCAAAGGCCUGGGUGAAAAGGAAAGUUUUUGCCUGGACCUCAGAAUAACAAUUUCAGGGUCUGAAAUUGGCUCAUAUUGUGAGAGGUGGUGCUUGAGGUAUAGGAGUCCUGAAGCCUUGAGGUAUAAGGGUCCUAUAAGCCUUCAUAGGUCGAAACAAUCACUCUGAAUUGAGCUGGAAAUGAAUUAUUAGCCAGUGUAGUCAGGCUAGGGGUGGUUUUAUGUGCUCAGACUCUCUUGCCCCAGUGAGCACCCUGGCGUUGACUUCUGUACCUUCUACAGCUUCUGACCAGUGAUCUAACCUAGAGGUUACCAGAGCAUAGGCAACAAAAGUUGGGCCAUCCUUGUCCAAAUAGCAUAGCUGGGCCACCAGUCAAGCAGAUAUCUUCCAAACCUGUCUGCAGUUAUUGGACUUUUCUUCUAGGAACGCUUAAUCAAUUCCCAGUGAACCUCAGAAGUGGCAAAGAUCUAGGUUCAAUUGGAGAUGAGAUAUAUUACUAUUGAAGUUCAACCAUGUCAUAACAUAUGUUUUGUUUUGAGGUGGACUACAGAAUGCGCACCACUCAAUGUUAGAAUUCAUUUGUGUUGCAUCCCUGGUAUGCCAGGCUCUGGAACUUGUCUUCUUGUCCUAAAGAUCGCCAGUGUUCCCUGGCAACCCUUCUUCUUCACUGGAAGUUUCAACAAUCACAUAAGCUCAUCUAUUUUAUUGCACUGGGGGAGAGGAAGUGGUUAAACAUAAUGACUGCUAUAUGACAGAACCAAACAAGGAACAUAUUUUAACAUGAUAGAGUGCCGUGCAGAGUCAUCACAGCCAUGGUGCAUAGCUCAAAGCCGGAAAGCAAACAGCUGCUGUAGCCUGAUUUGAGUUAAAAUAGUGUCAGUGUUUAGUCUGGCGCACUGCUUCAGGAGAGAUUGGCAGCUGGGUCAAACAAAGUCAUUCCAUUGGCUCCUUUCCCAGUAAGCUUCUGCUAGCAUUUAGGUGCCUGUGCAGCAGCCUAGGCCCUUUUCUCAGGGAUAGCCUAACAUCUAACCGCACCCUCUUUACUCUUUUUGUUUUUGGUGCUUUUUUGAAAAAAAAAAGGCCUUUCCCUCUUUAAGAUAAAUCCAGCAUUAUGCAAUCUGCCAACAUUUGUGUAUUAAGAAUGCGUUCUGUCUUGAAAGCUGAUGCAUCCUGCUCUCAACGUGUGGUGCAGAAAGAAGUUUGUUACCGUGCUGGAUUAAUAAAAGGGGCCUUUAUGGGUUGUGAAAGAAUAUCUGUGUGCUUAGGCAGGAAACUUUUUGAUCCACAGAAAAGCCAGACGACAUCUAGGUAAGGCUGAAUAUCAAAUCUGCUUUUAUGAGAAACAGUGCAGUGAGUUCUCAGUUAAUUGCAAUUGCUUAAAACUGCCUUGCUUGCAUGUACGUUUUUUUCUAAAUAAGAGAGAUUCUUGCACCGUAACUGUUUUGCUCUGUCUGAAAAGCUGGCAAAAUGCUGCACUACUCCGUUUAGUUUCCAAGUUUAUAAAAUCUGUGUGUGCAAAGCUGUACCUGUUUAGAACACGAUUUCAUAGCCAUGGAUGUGGAAAGAGAAAGUUCAGCUAUCCCAUAAAAAAUACUUUCAAGAAGUCCUACAGUUUGGGAAGAGUUACAAAGAGUGUUUUUCAACUUUUACAGAAUAUCUCGACGAUAAUUUAAAAGCUGUUCAGUAUGGCUUUGGACUAAUAGGGUUUGAAUUACUAAAAAGUUUAAUGUAGCUCUGGGGGGAAUAUUAAGUAAGUUGUCUUUGUCUCCUAGAUUUUAAUUUUUGUUGUUGCUUUAGCCUGUUGGGUCACAUUUUUUGUUAGCGCUGAAGGCUGCCAUGAAUUGGUAAUGAGGGCCCCUUUUGCACAUGAUUUUGGCACAUGGCCAAAAUCAACUUCCCAAUGGAGAGCUUUCUCUAAAAGAACCUGGAGCAUUUUUCUUUCUUUUUUUGUGACGAGGAAUCACUCUGAAAGCUGCCAUAACCAGUUGUGUAGGCAUGUCAAAAUGACUUUAUACAGUGGACUUGAAACAUUCCUUUUCAGUCUGGUUUCUUUUUUCCUAGUAUGCAAAGAUGUUGGAAUUAUCAUUUUAACGUUUCUUUUAGCUUGCUCACCAUUCAGAAUAGGGUUUCACUGAGUUCAAUCGUACGCUUAUGCUCACCAGAAAAUCAAUACAAGCUGAACUGUCUCAUUUUAGUUUACAGUGAUAACCUAUGCUUUAAAACACGUCAGGAUAAAGAGCAGAGGAAUUCUUUAAACUCUUCAAUUCAUUAAAGGUAUAUGAAGAGUAAGUAACUUUCUAAAGAACUUUCUCUUCACAGUUUAAGAUGAUGUUUAAGAAAAGCUUUUUGAAAAAUAUAAAUAUAAUGUAUUUUUGAAGAAAAGACAGUUUAGAAGUCUUUGUAUCUUGGGGAGGGAGAGCUUUGGGAAUUUUUGACUGUGCCUCUAAUUUUGGAACUAGCAGGCUCUUUGCUGAAUCCAUGCAUUGUUUAUUAAUAGAAAAUGGCAAAUAGUGUAGGAUUGUCAUCUUCACAUUACUUCAGAUUAAUUCCUGUUGUGCUAGUCUACAAUAAGUGGUUUGUGAAAUUCAGCGUAAGUAUUAGUAAAGAAUUGAAAAGUUGAGACAUCUGCUUUGCUUACUUUUAUAAUCAGUGUUGAUAGUGUAUAUGAAUGCAUUGUACACAUGUAUUUGUUGGUGUGCAUGCUCAUCUGUUUCUAAUAAUGCAAUAUAGUGGUUGAAAACUAAGCACCUGGAACAGCUUGAGAUGUUUUAUAAAACCUCGAGGGUCUGCAAAUUCCUGUCAGUUCACCACGAGUGGUGGUUGUUCGGUAUUAUAUAGUUGUGGUCCGAAUUAUGAUACUGUAAACUGUUUCCUAAGUGCAAUAUUUAAAGUGUAGUAUAUGGAUUUUACAGCGAUGAAAACACCCAGUAUUAAAAUAUGUUGAAGUAAUGGAUUCAUGGUGUUAAUAAAGCACAUAAAAUAUAUAAGCUUUAGUAUAUCUCACUGGGGAAUUUUUAAAAGUUGCUAAAUGGCAGGAGGGGUGGGGGUGGGGUUACUGUUGAACUUUUUUUUCCAGAAACUUGUACCCUAAACAACCAAUGGAAGGUAUAAAAUAAAAUAGUAGGAAUUUAUAAAUGUUUAUAAAAAUGAGCAUUUAAUGAAAAUUAUUUUUCUUUAUGUGUAUGGUAUGUAUAUAAAGUUCAGCUUUUUAAAAUGUCAUUCAGUGAGAGAUCUAUUAUGGUCAAUCAUAGACUUCAGGCUUGAACUGAAAAAUUUGCAUACAGGAAAACCUGAGGCAGGUGUACUGUUUGGCUGAAAGAUAAGUAAAUACUCCCCUUCUGCAUGCAAGGGUCAAAAAUACAAGAAGGGGACAGAUUUUCAUGUAGUUGUAUAGCUCAUCACAUUAGUGAGCAUCUUUGAGAAAUACUGAUUCAGUUAAUGCAAAGCAAAAGAUCAUAUCACAGGAAGUUUUAAUAAUUUCAAGAUGGGAUUAUAAAACAAUAUUGUUCACUUUGUAGCUUUUGUCCAAACUGGGAAUAACUUCACCUUCAACGUGGUCAUAGUUUUAAAAUCAGUAUAGCAUUGGUUUCAGUGAAAGCAUUUCAGAGGUAAAAGCUUCAGCUUCCAGCCCUUAAUUGUCCCCCUGCACCUUUAUAUACACAUGCAUGUAACUCAAAACAGAAUUCCAGCAUUGGUUAAUUUUUUUUUUACUAAUAAUUAAAAAUAAAAACCGAAUCAGACAGUUCUUUUAAAAUGCCCUUCCAAAGUAGCACUCUAAGGCUGCAGCCCUAUUCAGACUUUCCUAAUACUAAAAUCUACUCAAUUUUAUGGUGUUUCCCUCUAAGUAGACAUGCAUAAUAUUGAACUAUGAGAUGUUUUAAUUCUGCACCCUUACUGGCUUAUUCAAUGCACCUCUAGAUUUAUUUAUUUAAUUUAUAGCCAAUCUUUCCUCCAAGGUGGCAUACAUGUUUCUUCCCUACUAAUUUUAUCCUCCUAACAACCCUGUGAGGCAGGUUAGGUGAAAAGAGAGUGACUCCCAAGGCUUACUGAAUGGCCUUCUUGGCUGAGUAUCCUGAAGUUGAAUUAUACUAAUGAGCACCCUCAGAUAUCCUAAUUCAAAUAUGGAAACUAUCACCAUCACCAUAAUCAUUUCUACACUACUUUAUAUUUUUAAUAAAAAAUAUCAAAGUGGUUUACAAUGUACAUUAAAACAUCAAAUAAAACAAUCCAAAAUAAAACAAAAUGCCAGUGGAACGUUUUCCCAUAGAUUGUGAUGGUAGGUUUUCAGUCAUAAAACAGCAGUCUGUUUCUUCUUCUGUUCAAAAUAGUGUCUCUCUCAUAGUUUUAACAUAGUUUUGAGACAUUUGAUAGCACAGACAACUCUGCAAAUUUGCUGGCUACAUUUUUCAGAGAUUUCACAUGUUGCAAAGCCCUUUCAAAAAGUGUGUAAUAAAAAUAUUUAGAACUCUUGCAGUUCUGCAGACUGGCAAAAGUUUACAACUCUGUCAACUUCUUCACAGUACUGGGAUGAUAAUUUUUUUAGUUGAGAUUUUUUUAAAAAAACAAAGCACUUGAUUGAAUAUGAUCCGAACUCCAGUAAACAGAUAAAUACAUUGCUACAUUGAAUGGAACAUAAUUAUUUAACUUGGACAUAAUUUCAGCGAUCUCUGCCAUGCAAGAUUAAUGUACGCAGUUACCUCAGAUUCUGAGGUAACAAGAGUUAGAUAAAAGAAACAUGUAACAGUUUUGUCCUUUGAGUUGGAGGAAGAGGAGAGAGAGCAAAUACUGUGAUAAAAUAAAGCCCUGUUUUUAUUGCAUGCUGCCCAUGAUAAUGUGUUAUCAUUUUAGUGAUACGGAUAUGCUGAAAUAUGAUCAUGACUUUGGCUGCAAUCCUAAGCACACUUGCCUCAGAGACAAGUCUAAUUGAACUCAGUCGGACAUACAUCUGAGGAAACAUGUUUAGAAUCAGCCUGUAUGUCUGAUUUCCUUCUUUGCUUACUUUAAACAUGAUAACUAGCUGAAUUCUGAUGAGAAAUGAACAUUUAUUUAAUGUGUAAUGCUGCUGCUUGGGAUGUAACUUUUCAUAUUACUAAAGUUUUCCUACAAAGACAACUUAAAAGUUGUACUUGUUGCACAGAGACUAUGAAUAGAUCAGAUAUCUAAUUCAGAAUGGUUCAGUUUUUUAUCUCUAGGGACACUGAGUCCACUAUAUGGUCAAGUACUAGCUUAUCAAUGUUAGCAUUUUAAAAAUAAGAAUCUCAUAACUGUUUACUGAAAUAAUCAGUCUAUCAUAUUUAGAGCAGACCUAUUGAAAUUAAUGGACCCCUAUCCAUUUGUUUUAAUAGAUUGAUUUGGAGUAUAACUAAUAUUAGCUGUCAUCCAAUGCUUUAUCUAAGACCAAUUAUUAUUUGUUUAUCUAAUUUUGUCCAAAUGGAACAUAAUAAAAUUGAGAAUUUUGCCAGCAAUCCUGCAUGGGAAGAACUGAACAAAUGUUAGUAUUACAACUGUUGUGCUGGUCAUUCAAAUCUCUGUUGUUUUUAGUUUAGUACUUUGUUUUAUAUUGUUUUGUUUGUAAACUGCCUCAGGAGUUGCUGCUCUGGGAGGCAGAAUAGAUAUAAAUAUAAAAUAAAGAAAGAAGGAAAGAAAAUAUACAUGUGGACCAUCCAAAACACAUGGGACACGGUAACUUCUUCCUAGCAAUCUGCAUUGCUGCUUCAUGGAUUAAUAUUUUGUUAAAAUCUCAGACUGAAUUUAAGCAAGUUUUUCCCCACUCAACUUGUGCUUUAAUGGGAAUAGGUGAAACAUGGAUGCCUUAAGUGAUCCAGUGAUGAUGGAUUUUGGCUAUUCAUUGUUGAGUAAUUGGCCAAAUUCCAGCUCAUCCAGUUCAGGUACACAGGGCCUUUUCUGGCAGUUCUGUCCUUCUAUACAAUGACUACAAGUGCUAAUAAUAUACAUUCUCAAUAAAUAGCUAGGCAACAUCAACAGUAUAGAAAAGGGAGCUUUAAAAGUAUUUUCAUUUCUCAUAAAUUAUUGGAUUCUGUAAUUAUUAAGGAAACACCCUCUGUUAUGGAAAGUACAGUCAAGAGUGGUCUCCAGAUAUGCUGGCACACGACUACAUUUCUGAGGUAACUUUUGCCAAUUCAAACUAAGCUAUGUUGUAUUUGUCAUUAAAUAACACUAACAAGAAAAAAUAAGACGUGUAGUGUUGAUUUAAAUUCUCUAUGGGCAUUAGAGUCUUUUUCUCAAGUGGUCCAUGUCACAUUUUGUCCACACAUAAGAGCUGAAAGAGAUUUUGGGAAAUGACAGCUUGUUCAUAAUACCAUGAGCAAGCACCCUUAUGUAGUCCAUGAAAGCCAGUGAUAUUGUAAACCACCGUAGCCAGCUGUACUGACUGGAGAGAUUUGGACUGUCUGGUAAUAUACAACAGCGAUAUAAAGCAGAAUAUUAUGUAGCAUGCCUACUAGAAGUAAUUGACUUGAGCUGUUUCUAUUAAGGUAUCAAGCUUUGUUCCUCAUUCCCUGAGUAACUCUUGUUUCUCAUUAGCAUGAUCAUGGGCUAGAAUUGUGACAGCAAAAUCCCAAAUUAAGGUAUAGGAGCACUAUCAUAAUGGUAGGUGGUGUACAUGUGUGAAUCUUGUGUUCUUUUUAGAGGGAUUCUAAAAAAUAUUUCCUGGUUGACUCAUCUGGUUGCCCAUACUGGAAAGAAUGAAGCUGUUCUUCUGUGCUUCUUCUGGGUCUGUGAGAAGUUCAGAAGAGACUUAUUCCUUGGCCUCUUCUCUCUCUCUCUCUCUCUCUCUCCCCCCCCCCCCCGUAUAUACACCUCUCUAAGUCACAUAGAUCUCCUUUUCCACACCUGCUUUCAUUUUCAGUUUCAAGCAGGCCUUUGUUUUGGAGAAAGCUGCAGGGUUCACCACUGACUGGGGAACUAAUGGGCCAGCUGCCACAAAGACAUGACCAACUGCUGCCCUCAUAGCAGGGCUGCUAUUCCUUCUGCAGUUCACUCUGUCUAUUGUGCCACCCAUCAUCUUCCCUGGGACCUUGUUUCAGCAUCCUGAGGGCUACACACCCAUCUGACUACCACAUAUAUUUUAUUAAGCACCAACAAAGUAGCCAAAAUAGCUUUUCAUACAUGCUGAGUUGGAAGCUGGAAUUCAUUGGCAAAAUUGUAAGGAAAGUUGUUAUCUUGCUGGAAAGCUCAUCAUGGCUGAAUUUGGUGGUCAUGACAGACAUCUGAUGUUCUUGUGUGCUAGAAUAGCUUUUCAAUACUGUGAGGUGUCGCACAAAGCACAUUAGUGCUUUAUCUGUCAAUGCGAGGAAAUGCUUGGGAAUAAGGUCAGUUGAAAUAUUGGAAUUUACAUUCCACAGAAGAUUGUGUCCAAUUGCUAAAUCACCUCUAUGAAAUCUAGUCUCAAAGCUGCCACCAGAACAUUCAGAUUGGUUAAAAAGCCCAAUCUGUAAGCAAGAGGUAAGCAGAAAGUAAUUUUUAUAUAAUGGAAUCCAGGUUAUCUGUUGUUUUUAUCACACACAGCCAAAAUCCCCUAAUGAACAUGUAUUAGGGAAGGGGUCAUCAGUCUGGCACCUAUGAGAACCAUGACUCCCUCAAAAGCCUUAUUUGAUUCUUCCAGGAUCAAACUUCUUCCAGAUUCUCAGCUUUCGUUUUUGAAACGGUCAGUUUCUAGCAUUUUAGAACCUGAGAUAUGAGGCGAAAUGUACAGACAAAAUUCUUCUCAAUUUUUGUGAGAAACCAGCUUGCUCCACCAUUUCAGUAUUUUACUCUGCCCUACUUCCCAGAGCGCAUCCUGAAAAAUUCAGAUGCCUAUGUAUGACAGUAGAGGGAGAGAUGCAUGUGUGGUCUGUGUGUUAGAGAGAGGGGAGAGUGAAUACACGUAUGUGUGGUCUGGGAGAGAGAGGGAGAAAUAAAGUGAACAGUAUGUGUGUUAUGACUGACUGCUCAUGAGGGUUGGGGAAAGCACAAUUCAAGAUGACAUCAUGACACACAGCAUGGAGGGGACGAACUGGUUUCACGAUGAGCCCUGUACAAGCCAAGAUAGAGUGUAACCUCUGCUCCUCCUGAAGGUGGCAGUAAGCAGUUUUUGUCCUCAUUGGCAUAAAUGCACACGUUGAUGACAUGGUCAGAAGAGUGUGACAUUGAAUUCCUCCCUUGAUUUCGAUCACAGUUCACAGGGAUAUGAAAUUUAACACAACACAUGUAGAAAUAUUUAGGUCUUUCCAAAAUAGCUAAUCCAUUGCCUAACAAUUCCUAUAGAGAAAAAUGAUGUGUCCAUUCCCUACUCAGCAUGUGCUGCUGUUUAUGACAUGUUGAACAAUAAUGACUAAACAGUCAGACCUGUGUGUAAUUAAUCUCUUAUGCAAUAACUUUUGCAUAGAUGUUCAAAGAAAGUGUGGAGAUCAUAACUCCUUUUCAAUGUAAAUAUUUCUCCACUAUGAGUUGAAAUAAAUAUUUACACUGUAAUUUUCACAUUUUGUGCUUUUGUGGAAAUGUAAAAAAACCAAGGAAAUAAAAUAUGUAGUAAAAAAAUACCAAGAUGGCAGAUAGGAGGGAGAUGGAAGUCCUCUUCAGGCAUCUCAAAUUAGAAAAAUAAAUACAUGACAUGAGUGGAGGUAUUAGGGGCAUAUGCCGUCUGAACCUCCUUCAGUGUUGCUUUACUGGCCUUCCAGCUAACAGAAGGCAACUGUCUGAAGCGGAGAUUCUUUUGAAUUGGAGAAGAAGCCCUGCCCCCAUUUUAGAAUCCUCAGGGUUCUAGAAUGCCUGGGAAGUCUUCUGUGGAUACAAAAAGUUUGUUUACUUUCCCCUCUUGAUAAAGCCUGAAGAUGGAUAGAGUAAAUAACACAUUUGCAUUAAAAUCUGCUGUGCUCUUGCUUUUUACAGAUAAUUGAAAGCUUUCUCCAAAGUCUUUAAAAUUACUGCUUUUCUCAAUUUAACUUGAUUAAAAACUCAAAUAUAUUGCCAUGCAACAGUUAUCUAGUCCAGUGCAGUAAAUAAUCUGCUUGCAGUAUUUAACAGCAUUAUAACCAAGCAACAAGUGUUCAAACAGGUUGUUGAAAAUAGUUAAUAAGGUAAUAAUUACAUAAGUUUAGGAACAUAGGAAGCUUCAUAUAGCCCAGUGCUGCCUGCUGCAACUCACAGCAGCUCUCCAGGGCUUCAAUCAGAGGUCUUUUACAUCACCUGCUGCACAAGCCUUUAAAUAACAAAAGCAAGAUAUAAUAUUUAUUAAUGGAUAUUUUUGCCUUAAAAAUAGUUGAAGAACAUUUUAAAAGUACAGUGGUACGUCAGGCUACAUACGCUUCAGGUUACAGACUCUGCUAACCCAGAAAUAGUGCUUCAGGUGAAGAACUUUGCUUCAGGAUGAGAACAGAAAUCGUGCUGUGAUGGCGCGGUGGCAGCAGGAGGCCCCAUUAGCUAAAGUGGUGCUUCAGGUUAAGAACAGUUUCAGGUUAAGUAUGGACCUCCGGAACGAAUUAAGUACUUAACCCGAGGUACCACUGUAUACAAAACACAUAUAUUGAUUUUAUUUCAUAUUUAUCCCGAGCAAUACUAGUUUGUGGAUGUAGAUUGUUAUGCCAUACAUACAUUCCUGAGUGACAAGAAGUCCAGGGCUGGGUAGGAAGAUUUCAUUUCCUUUGGAUGGGAGAGUGUUUUUACCAAGCAUCAUCUAGUUGCAAUACUCAACACAACCCUGUAAAGUAAGUCAAUAUCAUUAUCUCCCAUAUUGCAGUGGAGUGACUGAGGCUGAGAGUGGCAUCACUAAGGUACCUGAUGAGUUCAUGGCAGAGAUGAGAUUGAAAAUGUGGAGUUGUUGGUUUGUAGUUCAGUUUUGUAACCACUCUUGCUACACCAGCAAAAUCUGUUUUAUUGGCAAAUGCACAACAAAGCAUAGAGAAAGGAAACAAGACUCAUAUAAGCAAGUGGCAAAGUCACUGAUCUUGCCCCUGGCUCCCAGAGAGCAAUUGUUUCACCAGUUCAAAGCCACACCCAGUUUUAGCUAACUCCCCACUUUUUCCACUUGCCUGCUCAAGCACAGUGAACCCACUGCCCAGUGCCACACGGUAUUAUUACAGAUACAUAGGACUGCAUUCUUGUAUCAAAACAGCCACAACUAUAUUGAUUACAGAUGUAAGUGAUUUGGCUCAGGCACUGGGUGAUUAUCCACUCAGCCUGUCCGCCUGCUGACUGCUUCCCAGGGGCUCGAUUCCAGGAAAGGAUUGUCCUAUGACAAUCAUCAAAUAGGAGCAGCCUGCUGGAAUCACCACUUUGGGGUGUGCUUUGGCUCUCAACCUCUAUCUGGGCUUAUGGACAAAAUACUUCCCCUCAGAUCCCUUUAUUGGGAUGCCCCAAUUCCUGGAAAAGGAAGGAAAACCAUACAACCCCCCACUUCCAAUUAAUUACCAUGAAUUCUACCCAGUGCCUGACCACCAAAGUUGUGGCGAUUGCUGUGAGGGAGGCAGAAAAACCCGAGACUGGCCCCAAAUAUGGCAGCAACAAUAAAAAAAAUCAGCAUGGUCAUGGACCAAACAAUAAAACCAGGAAAUUGAGGGUGGGAGACCCCAAACUGAUUGUGGUGAUGGGCGUGGGGGUGGGCCCCUUUUAUCCUGACAGUCACCCAAGUGGAGACCAUGCUAGGCUUCCACCUGGCUCCGUCCCCCUGCUGAUGUCUGCAGGCACCCGCCCAUGAUGGAGAAAUUUGAAUUCCCAACAGCCAAAAGGAAAGGAGAACAUCUUCCGUUGGUAGUGCAGCCCCAACAGCCAGCCACCACCAGGUUGAGUAGAAUUUCUUCUCAAAGCUGGCUGCAAACUGUUUCUCUGCUCCACCUUCCCAUAGCUGAAAGGCAUUACCUUCAAAAAUUUUCUGAUAGGAAUUGUUUUUCAAAAUCAGUGCAGGAAAAAAACAACACCCUCAUUUACCAAGAAACUUUAUUGUUCCUUUAGUUGUUAAGUCCUGAACAACUGCCAAACUCACAUCCAUAUUGUUAUUACCAUGCUAUUCUGUUGUGCAAAAUGAAGAGAUGACAGCAUCACCCAAGUUUUCGAUGAUAUAUUUGAUAGUUCUUGUUUAAUGGGACAUUUGGCUCUUCUUGUCUAACGUGAGAUUGGAAUGUACGUCACACCUGCCCAUUUGGGGACUCAAAAUUUAUUUAGCCACAUGUAACCAUUUGAAAAGGAACCUGCUUGAAAUUGGCUGGCAGAGCUGUUGAGUGUUCCAAAGAGAGCGGGGAUGAUUGGAGGACUUUGGAAGCACUGACAUGAUGUUUCUGGAAUCAGAUACUGCCUGCCUGCUUGCUUUUAGAUCCCCAUAAUAGUUACCUAACAACUUGUUGAUUGAUAAAAUAGCCAGUUACCAUGUGCACCCAAAGCCCACUACCCUAAAGAGUCAUAGCAAGUAAUACUUUGCAUGGAGAAGACCGCAGGAAUGACUAGGAAGGAAUACUGUCUGAAACCCUGGAGAGCCCCUUCCAGUCUGGAUAUACAGUACUGGGUUAGAUAGACCACUGGCGUAACUCAAUUCAAAGCAGUUUUACAUGUUCCUAAGUAUGCAAUCCUACAUGCACUAUCCUGAAGAUAUGUGCCAAUGCACUGAAUGGGGAAGUUCUGUGUACUUUGAGAGCCUCUUGAGCUUUUGAUUGGUGCAAGCUGGUGAGGUAGGGAAAGACUAAAGCUUUAAUAUUUAGGUAUACAUAUCCCUUACAAUUUGGUGCAUAGAUUUACAUCAAGUUAUCUUACUUUGUUCUUCGCAGUAAUCCCUUGAAGGGGAACAAGAUACAUGAAAAAGAAUGUUUUCCCUGACUUUGCUAUAUGGGUCAGAUAGGAAAUCAGAAAACUAGCACGGCAAUAACAACAAUAAUUUUUCAGUAAUAAAGGAGAAUUGGAUCAAAACACAAAAGAGACCCUAUUGGUUCAGAUGUAUGUCCUAGAGAUGUUCUGGACAGCAAUAUGAACAUAAAUACUUGAAAAGAAGAACCGUGUGCCCAGAUUUACCUUUCAAAUAAAAGGAAAUAAUUUCAUUUCAGCAGUGAGAAAUGUAAGACUAUAUAGCUUUAUAGAUCAAACUGUAUAAAACAAUGAAGAUAUAAGUUAGAUCCAAACACACACAACACAAACACACAGAAAGAAAUGUCAAAUGCUCACAUGUUAUAGGAAAAAAGUGUAGAAAAUGAAACAAUGCUACAAAAACAGGCAAGCUCUGAUAAGUGUUGAAUUAACUGAAACAACAUAGCUAUGUCCAAUGAAUAAUUGUUUGACACUAAUCAACACUGUUUCAAGUCUCAGCUGGAGUACACUAUCUAAUUUAGAAAUCUACAUUGUAAUAAGAAAGGUUAAAAAUGGGAGAUAGAAAGGAUAAGAAAUAGAAUUGCUUCCUCUUUGCACCCAAAGGUUGCAGAUAUUUUGAAUUUCUAGAUGAAACCUCUGUUGAUUUCCUUCCAACAAGCGCCACAGGCAACUAAAGCUGGCAAUGCUUAGUUAAAGUCAAUCUCAAGACAGACACAAUCCAGCUUGUUUAAAUAUCUCCAACUGAAAAGGGGAGAGGGAAAUCAAUGGGAAUUAAAAGUGCUUAAGGCUUCAACCCUAUACUUUCUAACCUGGAAAUAAGUGCAAUUGAGCUCAAUGGGACUUACUUUUGAGAAUUCAUGUGUAGGAUGGCACUGAAGGUUUGUGUGGAAUAUGCCCUGUGUUUAUUAAAUCUGGGAUUUUAUUGAAUUUUGUUAUACUUAACUUUCAGUUCCCAAACUGAUGGCAUACUGAAAGUCUGCGGAAAUAUGUCUCAUACUAAAGAAAACUGUCUUGCCCCCCAGUAUCCUCAAAAUGGUUCGUAAUAGGUUUUUUAUAUUAUGCACAUUUAUUUAAAUCUAAUCAAUCGGUUAAAAGGCAGAUAGUUAAUCAACUAAAAUUCUUACUUGCUCAGCAGUCCUAAUUUAUACGUGCUUCUCAUUAUACAUAUAUUUUUAAGAUCAUGGUUCGAGCAGCCAUUUAACAAGCCUAUUCCUGUUGUUUGUUAGGUACUAAUUAUGAUGAAUACAAUCAUUAUGCGCAGAUAUAUGGAGCAAUCCUAUGCACAAGAUCCUGGCAUAAAGCAAACCAAGUUAAGUUGGCAUAAAGUUAUACUUAAUCCAUGCCCUGUUCAGCACUGGGACUAAGUCUGGCAAAGAGAAACAUGUGACAUUUUCUGCCAUUUUAAAUUUACCAAAACAUGGCGUUAUAGUAUUAGAAAGAUGCAGUAAAUGCCACAUGUAAAUGUACUCUUCCAAAACUAAGCCAUAGGAAAAGAAAAGACUAUGUGGAGCAGCAGUGGCGUAGCGUGGGUUGUCAGCACCCGGGGCAAGGCAAGUAAUUUGCGCCCCCUAACCCGUGGAUUUUAGCAGGGGGCAGAGAGCUGCGAGUGCGAGCGCGCCCCCCCCCCAGAUGUUGCGCCCGGUGCGGCCGGCCCCCCCUGCACCCCCCACGCUACGCCACUGUGGAGCAGAGCCUCGACAAAUAGAGGAGCAAGAAAAAAGUACCACUAGAAUAUCCUUUCCUCCCAGAUAUGCUGGCGAUGUGUCACCUCCUUAUUCUCCCAAGUGGCAGAAGAUAUUGCUGGUUAUUUUAUGACAACAUAAAAGUACUUCAGGCACUAUCAUUUCCUUAGUUUGAUCCUGCCAAAGAAGACUGAAGCUGCAAUAUGGCUUGGCUGAGUCCAGGUCAGCUGCAUUAACAGUAUUUUAAUGUUUGGGAGGAGCAAAACUGAAGGAACUGUUUAGUGCUUCAAAUUCACACAGGGUGUUCUUUUCCUCCCCUGAAGGCAGGCAUUGUAGCCAUUAUUUUGUGCCAAGGAAAUUUUGAAGAAUGCAUGCAUCAUGUUGUAUUUUUGAGAGUUUGAAGAAUUCAACGUAUUUAAGAAUGGAAGUUGGGGUGAUGCAAGGAGAGGGACAGAAUGCAAGGGCCUCUUGCCUGUUGUGUCCAAGCACAAGUAGCUGAGAUUGUAUGUGUGCUCCAUUCAGUGUGUCCACUGCUUAGCUGCAUUGCCAAGAGGAAAGAAGUCUGCAGGAUGGAGAAAUAGAUAAGGAAUAAUAAACCUUUCCUCUCAGAACUAGACCCUUUCUAUCACCUCUUAUAGACAGCUUUUCUGCUAGAGAGGAAAACAAUAAGAGAUUAUUAGAAAGUUAGUCCUCAUAAUUUUCUAUUUUGCGAAAUACACAGAUCUCACAAUUUAUGUACCAUAUAUAGUAUAGUAUAGUAGAAAGAGGGUGUCGGGGGAGGUGUCUUCUCUUUUAAACUAACAUGUGGAACUUGCACCAAAAUGUUGCAGUGUUGAAUGCCAGCCAGCCAGCCAGCCAAAUAUGGUUUAACAAGCAACCCCUCUUCCUUGGGAACUCUGGAAUUGUAGCUCUGUGUGGGGAAUAGGAUUGUCCUAACAAUCCUCAGCACAAUUAACAAGCUACGAUUUGAGGGAAGCCAUGAGUCUUUAAAGCAAGUGAUAUUUAUUCAGACUAUUACCAACUUUUGGAGGUUAGUAAUAGUCUGGUGGCUGAACAGUUAUUUUCUCACAACCAAGAUUCAGCAAUGGGGGAGAGAGCAAUGACUUCAACCAAUGGUAUAGUCAUCUCAGCAAGAUAUCCUUGGCUAAUUAACACCUUGCAAUAUCAAAACACAUCCCUAGAGAUUUAUUUUUUUUGAUUGCUGUGCCAAAUAUUUGGCCACGAUAAUAGUUAGGGUGAAAAGUAGGUUUUCUAGAGAAAAGCUCUCCAACCCUACUUGUAUUCAGGUUUGUAUUUUUAAAAAACAGUAUGUGUUCAUUGGAUUUUAACUUUCUAUACAGUAAGACAAGCAUACAAAACCAUAGAAAAGAACAAAUGUCUAUCAAUAAGGGGGGGUUAGAGAAAGAAGAAAAUGGCUGGAUCUAGACACAUUAAAGAAGCAUUUCAGUUCAAAGGGUUGUAAAUUUAAACAGGGAAAACAGGUAGAGAAAAACGGGGCUCUACAUCGCCAUCUGGUGGCACAAUGUUAUAUCGCAUGUACAACGCAUAUAGAUCACUUUUUCUUUACCAGUCUAGCUGAGUCCAAGGGGAAAGAACAAUUACUGCUGAAAUGAAGUAAUAAAGUCAUAUUCAGAACUGCUGAAUAUGUGGACAGAGCCGUGGCAUUCUGCCGCUUCAAAUGGGUGGUGGUUCUUCCUCUGACAAUGAGGAUCAUGUAGUAAUCACAAUGACAUCAUGUUACCAUACAGCCAAUUACAAGUGAUGACAAAUAGAUUAGUCUAAUUGUGAAUGGGGAUAGUACUUUGCCAGCUGACCCAUCAAAACCAGUUGAAAGUUGACAUCUCUAUGGCUUCACCCUACUAGUUGUCAGGGUCCACCAGAGACCUGCUGCUUUAUAACUGUAGACUGACUAUUGCUGUUUAUCUGUGGCUUUGCAGUUCCUAUUGGUCUGAAUAUGAAAGUGGCAAGUGCAGAUUAAAAAGGGGGAGUAAGUUGUCUUAUUGCUAAAAGUGCCAUGAAAGAUGCAACUGCAAACCCAGAGCAUUUAAAAAAAUAUAAUGAAACAAAGUACCACCUCAUUGCCCAAGCCCAAAUAAAGAGUGCAGAGAAUAAGGCAAGCAUCUUCCAAGGGCAUUGUGAAGAACAUCGAACAGACUACAUGAACACUAGCAGACUUGCACUUGUUACAGACAAAAUGGCACAGGACUUGUUGAGCUGGGGAGGGGGGUACUUCUGGACUUCUUAUUGUAUCAGUUAUGAGGGUGCAACACUGGUUAAUAAUAUUUCAAACAAUGAAAAUCUGAACAGAACAGUUGUUGACCUUUUUUUUUUAUUGAACUUUUGGGGCAAAAACGUUUUUGCAUUAUUUUUAGGGAUAAGUCACGGGCUGCCAUACACAUGGAUUUUCCAGAACAUUUCUCCUGAUUUCCGCCCAGACACUGCUGCCGGCCACAGUAUUCCAUAUAUGUCCAGGAAAAUCUGGACUUGUGGCAACCCUAGUUGAACUAGUUGAAAGCACAGCCAUAAUACUAAAAGAGGAAAGGUAGAGAGUUUUAAAAUGGGAGAUAUCUCUAAUCAUUAAAAUCAUGUAUGAUUGAUGAGCAUAUAUAAAUCCAUGUCAUAUGGAAAUGAAAGAAAUGUUCCAGAAAGUAAUGUGGGAUAGGAGAUCCUGCUCACUGACUUUGUUCUUCACAAUGGUUGUUGCCACUGCAGCCUUUGUUACUGCUGCCCUUUUCCGACAAGUUUUUCUUCUACCUCUGUAAUAACAGUUCCAAAGGGGAGAGCAGUGAGUCUAAGUAGAUGGUUAAAGAUGUGUUUUGAAAGCUGUAACCCACAUGAACAUGUUUAAUCUGUACACAAAUAACAAAGUACAGUACUGAAAUCUCAUGUGGAGGUCUGCUGCAACUUUCAAAAUUCAAUCCAUCAUUCUGAGACCCAGGGGGCCUAGAUUUGAUGCUCUGCCUAGAAACCUUCCUUCAGAUUGGUUGGAACUAUGCCAUCUUAUGUUCAGGUCAAAGGAACAGCAGCGAUUUGUCUGGCUAGCACUUUAACCAUGUAUUGCAUAGCAUAAAGACCACUUCUAAUAAGAAACUUAAAAGCAAAAUUGUAGCCAUUCAUUUCAUUUGCUAAUUCAGAUUAGGUCCUCAUCAUCUUUAGUGUUUUUAAAAGGGCAAUCAAAUUUCUACAGAGUCUUUCAGAUGAAUGCAAGGGUUUGUUUUCUGAGGCAGGAUUUUUUUUGUUUUGAUUUCUGAUAAUGUCUACUGCAAAAGAUGUGAAAUACAUUUCACAGUUGGGUCACUUUUAUACGUGAUUGCUACAAUAAAUAGAAAUAUAUCUAUUUUGUUCACGACUAAUUAUAAUGUUUCAUGUGAAGCAGUUGAAAUUCAGCUUUACUAACCUUCCUGGUUUUUCCUAAUUGUGUUUUUCAACUGGUCUGUGUGCCCAUAUACCCAGGUAAAGAAUUCUAUUUAUUUACUUAUUUAAAACAUCGAUAGGGUGCUUCUCUGUGUGCUCUAAGUGACUUACAAAGAAUAAAAAAAGUCUAGCACAUAAAAUGAUAAAUUUCAAACAAAACAAAGUCAGAUUUUUUUAAAAGAAAGAAAACUGGUGUCAGCUAAAAAUAUAACUGAUCACCAUCUUAUAAUAAUCACCAGACAGAACGACCAUAAGAUCAUUGAAAGAAUGAAAGAAGGCCUGGCUGCAGUUAGCCAAGCAGCCUCAAGAUUGUCCAGAAAUGUCAUGGCCGCUUAUGGCAAGGACUGGUCUCAAAGACAGAAAAGGGUUUAACGAUUAAUGUCAGCACAUUAAUUUGUACUCCUUCUUCUUGUGGUUGUUGUGGUUGUUGUUGUUUUGUUGUUAGGCAACCAGUGCAACUGGCACAAAACAAACUGAACAGGGUGGUGCCUCCAAAAUUUUGUUAGGAGGCAUGCCACAACAUAUGAACCAACCCAGACCCUGAGUUCAUCAUCUGAGGCCCUUCUUUGUUUGCCCCCUCCGCAAGAAGUCUGGAGGGUGGUAACACGAGUGGGCCUUUUCUACAGCAGCUCUCCAUUUGUAGAAUAUAUAACCAGGCCUUUUAGAAGUGAGUGGGGUAUUUUUAAUGUAUUUUUCUUUCCUCUUGGUUUUAAUGUACACCUGGGGGUUAUUUUCUGUUUGGUUGGUUGUAAGUCGCUUUGAGAUCCUGAAGCUGAGGCUCCAAUACUUUGGCCACCUCAUGAGAACAGAAGACUCCCUGGAAAAGACCCUGAUGUUGGGAAAGAUUGAGGGCACAAGAAGAAGGGGACGACAGAGGACGAGAUGGUUGGACAGUGUUCUCGAAGCUACCAGCAUGAGUUUGACCAAACUGCGGGAGGCAGUGGAAGACAGAAGUGCCUGGUGUGCUCUGGUCCAUGGGGUCACGAAGAAUCGGACACGACUAAACAACAACAAAGUUGCUUUGGGUUGUCCUGUGCAAGAUUAAAGCAAUUGACAAAUUAAAUAAAUAACAUCAUCAUCAUCGUAAUGAUAAUAAUAUUUAAUACCAGAUUAAGCAUUUGGACAUUACAGAAACUCCACCUGGAAUUUGUUUUUUUUAAAAAAACAUGAUCUACAUAGCAAAGCUAUGCUGGUUCGGGGGGGCCACUAGGGGGUGCAUCGGAAGAUGGCUGACAAUAACAUCUCUCCGACCCACACGAGGUAAUUUGGAGGCUAUGAUGGGAGUAAUUAGCCUCCCUACCUCCCCCAGGAUGGUGGGGGGGACUGCUCUUGCCUGCUGUGCCCUAUACCACCCCCAAAUUUGUGGGGAUGGGGGCACUAGGCACAAAGCCCUCCUGUGGGAUUUCGGCGCUCCUGGACGCCGUCCCUGAUCCGCACCACUAGGAGCAAGAACUUCAAAAGAAACAAUUUGGAUGAAGGAAUGCACAUGGUUCAAGGAAGGAGGGGGAGUAAAGACUGCUAACAGAAGAGAUCUCUGAUAGGAACAAGAAGAAAUCAUGAGAAGAUACGCCAAGAUUCGGUAUGGCAAAUGUCUGAUGGGGGAGGGGGGGGGAAACUUUCCUUUCUUUCCUUAUGUGAUUAAACAAGAAUCCCCUCCCCUCACGAGUCAGAAAUGUCGUUUUAAGGACUUAAGCUGUGGAUUUAAGGCUGUGUGGAGACAAACUUUCGAACCAAAGCAUGUUUUAAGAAGAGCGUGGAAUGUAUAAGAGCUUUGGAAUGAUGCAGUUAAAAAUGCCGUCGCCAUAUUGGGAAGUUCUGUCGGAGGUCUUGAGUCUGGGAGGAGAAAUAGAGAAAUAGAGCUGUUUUCAUAUUGUGGGUGAAACUCCUCAGAGGGACUUAAGAGCGACAGUUUUGCGAGAUUAAUGAUGGAAAGAGCAAUGUUAUCUAUGAAGGCGAUGAUAUAUGGAAACCAUCUCGAUUUGAGGAUUGUGAGAACGGGAAAAUUCACACAGGAUUAUUAUUGGUGUUUAUCAGCUUAAGGAGACUAUCAGAAGAGAUCAUAAAGAAAAAAGAGAAAAUAUAUGAACAAGAUGUGAUGUGGAAACAGCAAGAUAAGACUGGAUAGAAUUAUGAACUGUGUUUGGACUGAUUUGGACUGAUUUGGACAUUAACGCAGUAACAAGAAGAUGAUCAGAAUCCCCCUUCGGAUCUUGAAAUAUGGGUCCCCCCAACAAAAUUUAAAAUUCGGCUUUGUAAUUCGGAAUUUAUGUGAUGUGAUUUAAUUUGAUUUGAUUGGCCGGUUAAUAAAAAAUAUUAUUUUUUUUAAAAAAACAAAGCUAUGCUGGUUCAAGUAGGGUCAAAGUCUAGGGAAUAAACCCAGUUGUUUAAAUGUGUUGCUGGCUACCACUGACACCUUCUGAAAAAGCAGGAGUGCACGCUAGAUUCAGUUUCUGCUCAGGUAGGGAAAUACCAGUUUUAUUAUUCACACCACACUCAACUUUGUGCAAGUCUUGAUAUUUUCUACCAAUUAUCAUGUCUAAUUUGCUUCUAUUUAGCUUUCAUCUGUUUGCCUUCGUCCAUCUGAGCACUGCCUCCACAUAAGAAGAGCUGGGGUUUCAUUGCCGGCAUACUAAUGUCACAUCAGCCCAGUUCUGCAUAGGACGGUGAUCAUGCCCAGCAGUUUAAUAUGGAUGCUAAAAACCACUGAUAAUAACAAUGAACCCUGUGAACUAACACAUACUAAAUCCUACAGGACUGAGCUUCAAAAUAUAGGCCACAAGAAGAGGGAUCCUGUUACAGCCUGGAUCUUGAUGUUGUUCAAAAGCAGACCAUAUCCCUCUGGAUUCCAUCUCACUUCUCACUUUACAUUAGGGUUGUUGUUUUUUUGGAAUAUGGUCCAACAUCUCACCACACAGAGGUACUUUUCAUGGGGCACAAGGCUUCAGUGGGGAGUAGAAUGGAAAAGCCCCACUGCACAUGCCAAUUUCCAAUUGUGUAGUAUUGGAUUCCAACCAUUGGUUUUAUAGCCUUGUCUAGAACUCUGCUUCAUUUAUUUUCUGACAUAUUUUCAUUAAGCCUGGCAUUCAUACGUGAUCAACUCAAAGAGUAUGGAAGGUUAUCAUCAGCCUUGUGAACUGACCUGCAUUGUCUGCUGGCACCUGUCCAAGUGUACAUUGUGUAGAUAAUAAGCUUGUUAACCCCCUCAUUUUCUCCAGGUUUACCCCUCCAAGAUAUUUGUGCCUAUGUUAAAUAUCUUUUCGGUUUUGGAGUUGUCAUCCCUUGGAAAUGAAUGUAAAGCAAGCAAAAAUAAUUGUAAAUCUUUUCCUAAAGAAAGAAUUAUGUGAUGAUAAAUUUGGCAGACAAAGCUACAGAUCAUAUCAGGAUAAUUCCUUUUAAGAUAAAUUUUGGAAUCACUGGAUUGCUUUGGGGAAAGUUGUUUAUCUUGUAUCCUCAGAAAAUAUUCCAUCUCCCUUACCCCACCUCAUGAUAGUUAAAAGCUAUCAUGGACUCUAGAUAUUUUUUUUGUAAUUAUUUAUUUUUGUUCUUUAUCCUUGUACUUAUUUCAGUUCCAGAAAAUGACAGUGUAUUGUUCAAUAUUCACAUUCUCUUAUUCUUUAAAUGCCUCUAGAUGCAAUGCAAAGCUAGUACAUAUAUUCCUUGUCAUAGUGAACUCACCAAGUGGGUGCCAACAGAUUUGUAGCCAUAAUGGACCCACUAAGAACCAAGAGGGAGGUAUUGGCAUGCUUGUGGGAGAGGCCUGAGUUUUUCAAAAGUACAAAACAAGAUGCCAAAUGUUGACUCUACUUUGGAAAAGAAAGACAAAAGAUGGGGAAGAGAAAAUGAAAGGUCCUGCUGGAGGAGGGUAUAGCAGGCUGACUUGAAUCCUGAAGAGGACUAAUCCUAUUUGGAGGUAAGACUGAGACUACAUUGCAACAUUUUCUUGGAGGUUCCUCUUUUGUCUUAAAUUAGACCUUUUAAAGCAACCUUAUACUUUGGGUUGGAUCCCGGUAUACCUUUCUGCAAGUGGUCUGUGUUGCAUGAAGUCUUCAACUAGCACUUGUCCAAUAAUGUGUGGAACAGGGCUACUGCCAGAAUUUCUUGUUGUCGUGCAUCUCUAGAUCAGUUCCAUUGUUUAAAUGAAAAGCAUUACAUGGAGCCAUGGUAGAUGCAUAUUUUCCAUAGUGUUUCUGAUAUAGAUGUGUACCUAUCAAGGGAGCCAGGGUGUGCAGUGAAUGCCUUGGGUUGUACAUACUUCAGUGAACAUGUUCAGUGAACAGUGAGCAAAGACUGAAAUUGCCCAUAGUGUAGCAAUGUGAACUUUAUACCAGAUGCAAAGGCAGCACACAGAGGCAACAAUUACGCUGCCCAGAUUAAUGUAUUCUGAACUAUUCUGAAUCUAGGCUGUGAUUCCCUACAUAUAAUUAAUUGUAUGUUCAUGAGUGCUACCAGUCUUGCAAGCCUGGACCUGUGUCUUCUAUGUAGAACUUGUCAACCAGUAGUUUACUAGUCAGCAUGCUGCCUGUCCUCCUUGCUUAUUCAUUUUGGACAUUUUAAAUGCAAUGUUACUGUCAAAUUAAAAAUGGAUUAACUGUGUAAGAUCUGACUGAAUACAUUGUCUCUAAAACAUGACAUUGCAAACGGAUUGCAUUUCUACUUUGAUGAGAUCCUCAAGUGAUGUAUGUGUGCUCAAAGUUUUAAAUGUCAGUACAUUUAAUCCUCAGCUUCGUCUGUUUCUACACAGAGACCCAUUCAGUUCAGCUGAGAUAUGGUAAGAAAAUACCUACUGACUGCAGGAUGAGACACUUUUAUCACACAUGGCAGUUAUUCAUUUCUAUGUACAAAGUGAUUUAGCAGCCGACAACUGUCAGCCACAGCCAUGUCUCCCUGCUAUGUGAUUUGUGGCUCCACAGAAUACAAAAUGUGCUCAAUUCUGUGAUCUGCUUGGCACAAAGCCUCUCCUCCCUCCAAGAGGGGAGGUGUUGUGGGCGGGACGCGAUUUCUGCGUCACCCGCUCACCUGGCUGGUGCACCACGCCCAUAGGUAAGCGCCCAACCGGGCGGCUUGGAGGGGGUGUGGAUUGCAGUCUAAGUUACUGCUGUGCCAGCCAUUCUGCCUCAUUUUCCGCCUUCUUUGACAAGAUAAGUUCUGGGCUAGAUGUGAAGAGCCCAUACUGCAGCUCUUCCUUAUCCCAGAUCUGUCUUUCCCAGAAAGCUGGUUUGGGGAGCAGCAUUGCAGACAUCUCCCUUGCCACUUCCACUGUCUUACCUUUCUUUGGCGGUGUGCUGCAAUUGCUUCUGUGCUGCCUACAUAAAGAAGGGUCCAGCUAAACAGACAUAAGUGUUUAGACUUGUGCUAAAUCUCUUUUGUUGCAGAGUCAUUCACAUAAUACAUGACAACAGUACCACGAGGACAAGUAUUCCAUAGUUUCAGAAUAAGAAAGUACUGAGAACUUUUUUCCAUAGUUUCAUAUACCUUGCUACAUAAUAUACCAAGAAUGAUUUUUACCCCAGACCACCCAUAGAAUAAAACCUGGGCUAGAAAUUCAAACCAAGCUCAAAAUAAUAUUCUAGCCAAAAAAUGGUUCACUUGCCUAAUAAAUAUCACAACCGCCAAAUCAAAACUGAAAUGUAAAUCAUGAAGAAAUGCAUUCCUUAAUUGGCUUAGGACCUCUUUCAACAAUUUAUGUUUCCCAUUGUAGUACUAAGAUUUUUAAAACUUUAUGGACAUUGGGGGGGAAAUGCUUUCAUCUGAUCAGUUGUAUUAUAGCUGCUUGAGCAAAUCACUUGGGAGGGAUAUAAAGCAUACCUCUGUUAAGGGCAAGGUGGUUAAAAUAUUUUCCAUCUGUUUGUAAAACUUGUUAUUUGAAAUCACCCACGGCUAUAAUACGUUUAAGAAACUAAAUUACAUAGCAUUGUGUGCCAAGCCUCUCUGUUAAGAGACUAAAACAUUAUAAAUGUGUGUAUUCAGCCAAAAGAUUUAUCCACAAAGAAUCUCUAAUAGCUUUUAUCCUGAGAGCUCCUUCAGUUGUUAUGUAGAAGAGGGGAAAGUGAGCUUCUGCUUCUUUCCUCUCUAUGGGAAUGUGUGUAGUAGGACUUGCAGAUCUAGCAAGAGGAGCUGAUUGUCUGGGACUAAUCCUUCAGCCCCAUUUUGCACAUCACUGCUGAAGCAGGAAAAGCAGAAGCACAACUAAAGUAUUUGUCACUGCUCCAGUGCUCCCUUCAUAGUGUGUUUAUAUGUGUGUCACACACAUAGAGAGUGGUGUGGCUGUCAGUGCUACUAUGUAUGUGUGAUGGGAGCCUAUGGAAUGUUUGGUUUUGUUCCAGACCACUUAAGUUCUUCAGAUGCCGCAUAUCAGCAACUGAACCAUAUUUAUGUAACAAAAUAUGUCUGAGAAUUUCAUUCUUUGAGAAUUCUGGUACGAACUUACCUUCCAAACUCAAUUGCUCCAGAGCAUUCCUCGUGAAAACCUGCUCAUUACUACUGAAAACUGGAAUUGACAUUUGCUCCGAUUGGAUGCUAAAGAGUUGGUUUUCACAAGGAAAGCUUUGAGGGAGGGGAACCCGCUUGGACACAGAGCUUUUAAGUGCACACCUGUGUCUGGAAAGAGUGGAGCAAAAAGCAAAUGUGGAUAAGCCCUUAAUUAUGGUUUGUCUGUUUUUUAAAGUUUGUUUCACUGUUUUGAAUUUUUCAUCACUAAUCUCCUUAGAUAUUUCUUAAAGCAGAAAAGCAGGGUAAAACUGGAUAGCAGACCAUUCUACUACUCUACAUAGUUCCAUUAUUUUGAAGCGCAUAUUAUCUUCAGGUGCCUGAGAGAUAAUUUUCUUAGAAGCCCACUUAUGUGAUUAUGCAUUUCUUUGGGGUUUGCCUAUUGAUAUAAUCUGCAAGAAUCCUCAUCAUGAAGGACAGCUGCCAUUAAUUCAAAAGCAAGAGAAGCCAAGGUUGGACCUCAUGACCACCCAGCUUUCAGAAAAAUACAUGGGGAAAUAUUACAUUUAUUUGUUUGAAAUAAUUCUCACUUUCCACCAAAGAGUUCAGGGUUGCAGGCUGCAUGAUACCCAUAUGAAGUAGAUUAGACUGACACACUAAGACUGCUUGCCCCAAACUCCUUGCUGUUUAUUUAAUGAACGUGUAGUGAACAUUCAUGAGCUAACAUCAAAUUUUGACUCAAGUAGUAUGCAUAACGUAGCACCAAUAGCAUUCCAAGGUACUACUCUAUAGGCAAGAAACUAUAGAGCUACUGAUUUAAAUACCCUAUUGCUGAAUAUUCAUGUGGUUGCCAUAAAUUUUACUACCAUUUUUUUCUUUCACUUGUCUUAACACAACCAGUUUUGAUGUGGGUUUGUGCUCACAUGUGUGUGUGUGAACAGAAUUAUUAGUAGCUUAAGCAGGAUGCAAAGGAAAGGCCAUCAUCAGCUGAUAUUUAUAUUCACCUUUGUUCCUCAUACAAGAUGGAAUACUUAUUCCAUGUAAGAAGAUGUGUACAAAAUGUAUAUUUUUUAUGGAUGAAUGCACUAAAAGCUUUGAAAAGUGCAUACUUUAUGUUUUUAAACUCUGUAUUUACAUAGGCAGUAUGAACAAAAUUCAUACAGUUUAAAUGUGAACUUUUCAUGUGUAUGACUGCUAGUGAGGCUGAAACAGAAAUGAAUUAGUUGCUCAGUCCAUAGGAUGAAAUGAUGAAGGCUGCAGUCCUACACACAGUUUAAUUCUCAUUGAUUUCAAGGGUAUAUGAGCUGCCAUGUGCAGGCUUUUAGCCCAUCCCCCCACCGAAGUCAUAAACUUAAGGACUGCUUUGUCUUUAUUGGAAAUUAAACUUAGAUAUUUCUGUAUGAUGUAAUGUUUUGCAUAAAGUUUUAAGAAAAUUUAGAAACAUCUGUCUUAUAUUAAGGCUAUCAAAUGACAAAUAUAACAGUCCAAAUAAAAACUUCCCAUAUUGGAAAAUUAUGCUUCUUUCUUUGGCAGAGAGAUUGCUUUGCAUUUGUUUAAUUCCCUUAUACUAUUCAGGCUCUUUGCUGUAAUCUGCCUCUUCAAUAAAAAUAAACUCCUGUGUUAAAUAUGCAAUUAGUUAUUGCGUAUAUACAGAAACAAAGCCUCUGCACACAUCUUUUUCAAACCUGUGUUUAUGGUAGCUGUGAGUCAUUCAUCUUGGCAAAUCGAGAGCAAGUUUUCAUAGCCUUUCAGAAUGUGGUAAUUAUUCUGCAUCUACUUAAUAUUUAGAGUUAAUUACAUUUUGAACAAUGAUUUUUCUUCUUGUUUUUAAUCCAGCCAUUGGAAUCUUACCAAAAUGUUCUAAUGCUUUACUUCUAAAAAUAUUGGCUCAGUAAUUUUCAAAGAAAUACUUCUUAUCACAAAAAGGGUUAUUAAAGCAAAUAUGGACUUUAAAUACUUAACAGAUUUACAGGGUGCCCUGUUUGUGGAAUAGACAUGAAAUUCAUAUGUUGAAAGAAUUAAUAUUCUGCACCUCAGAACUUUUGAUGUAGCUCAGUAGAAGCUAAAUGUUCGGAGAUAUAGAGCAGUACUUCCUCAUGCAGUGCUUAGUCAAACUAUGGAACUUGCUCCCUCAGGAGAAACUUGGGUGGCUUAAGACAAAUUCAUGUAGGAGAGGGCUAUCAAUAGCUUCUAGACACAAUGCCUAUGCUCUGCCCCCACGGUUGGAGCCAGCAGUGCUUCUGAGUGCCAGUUGCUGGAAACUGCGGAGGGGAGAAUGCUCUUGUACCCAUGUUCUAGUCCCUGGUUUUCCACAGGUAUCUGGUUGACCACUGGGGAAACUGGAUGCUGAACUAGAUAGGCCAUUGGCCUGAGCCAACUGGUUAAUCUCACGUUCUUGGUUCCCAGCUAACCCAGUGGGACACUAUUCCUUAGGGAUUUAAAGGCACUGGUUUCUGUUCCAACCUGUGUUUGUAUCAUGCAUCACUGUUUCCAUUCUGCUGCAAUUCUGCAUCCAACAAGAGCAAUGUUAUUUGUCUCUCUGUCAACUGUGGUAGAAUUCUAUGAAACCGAUUCUAUUAUCAUUACAUUGUUUCAACUGAAAGAAAACUCUAUCCACAGUGAGUGAGGGAGACAUCAAUUAUGUAUUGUUUGCAAACUGAAAACAACAACAGCAACAUAUACCAGUCGUGGGAUUGAUUUCUGUUCCAGAUCUGGGAAUAAUAAGCAAACAAUGGCAAUUUCUGGUUCCAUUUUCAUUUUGGUCAGAAUUGGAAGAGAAAUGAGACAAUUUCUGUGGAACCCUUCCACCCUGCGCCUUGUGCUCUAUAAUUGGUGGUGGGCUGUGGAACAGUGUGAGAUGCCAUGGACCACUGCAGGAAAAGGGGGGAGUCAUUGAAACUCGCCCUUUGCUCAUAGAAGGUUCCACCAUAUCAAAGCCAAUAUUGAAAGAAAGAUAGAAAGAGGGAAGGAAGGAAGUAAAGAAAGAGAAAGAAAGAAAGAAAGAAAGAAAGAAAGAAAGAAAGAAAGAAAGAAAGAAAAUGCUUUAAGUAGGAUAAAUAUUGUUUAAUAGCAUUUUGGAGAUGCAUUUUUCUAUGGAAAAAAUAAAACAAAUUUAAGCCAAAGUUGGUGAUGCUUUGGCACACAUGUCACAAGCAGCAAGGAUUAGAUGCACUCUAGAGAGAAGGACACAAGCCAGACACAGGCUAAGACAUAGAGCAGGGGGUGCCAAUGUGGUGCUCUUUAUGUUGUUGAACUACAACUGCCUUUAUCCCUGACCAUUAACCAUGCUGGCUGGGGCUUAUGGGAAUUGGAGUUCAAUAACAUCUCUUGGGCACCGUUUUGGCUUCCCGUGUCAUAGUGCUAGACCAUGCUGUACUGCUCCCAUCUUCAGCAGGCCACACAAAAGCACUACGGACUGUUUAGCAUGCUCAGUAGUAGAUGGUGUGUUUUAUUCUGGACUAGUAACAACAAGAAGGCAGGCUAUCUGGGGUUGCAGACUGACUGGAGGUGGGCAGGGAACAGCCAGUUUUUCCGAUUCUAGACCAGUACAGUGGUACCUUGAGUUACAAAUGCCUCAGGUUACAAAUGCUUCAGGUUACAAACUCCGCUAACCUGGAAGAGUUACCUCAAGUUGAGAACCCAAGAAUUAGAACGGAAAUCGUGUGCCAGCGGUGCAGCAGUACCAAGAGGCCCCAUUAGCAAAAGCACACCUCUAGUUAAGAACAGUUCCAGGUGAAGAACGGACCUCCGGAACGAAUUAAGUUUGUAACCAGAGGUACCACUGUAUUUAUUUAUUUUAAAAAUAUGUGUAAAGAGGGGGGGGUUAAGAGUGCUUGCCAGAAUAUAGUCAGUUUACCACUUUAGUGAAAGAAGGAUCAGUGCACCCUAACCUCUCCCAAAGGACAAAAUAUGGACAGUGAUUUCCUAGGGACAGGUAUACCUGCUUACUUAUUUAUUUAAACCCCCACUUUCUACUGGCUUUCAUCCUUGCAGAUGCCUCUGGGUGGUGUUGGGUUGGUACAAAUAAAAUAAUCAUGCCAUAAGUACAAUGAAAAUAAAGGCAGCAUAAAUUUUUGGUUUACUGUGCAUGUCUGAGCUUGUAUCACACACCUGCACACAAAGGAGCAAGGUUGUUGAACUCAGCCCCAGAAUGCCAUUCCACAUUCUUCUGCAUGCUUCCUCCACAGCUCAUGCUCUUCUUUUGUGCUAGGGGAAGUCAAGUAGAUGAUUUUAGCCAGCGGAUUGGCUGAUUGUAAAAAUAAAAUAUAAUACUCCCCUUGAAUGGAACUUCCAGUAUGGGUUACAAAGCAAGAGAAAGGACAACAGAAAAUAUGGCAACAACAAUCUCAGAUAGUGGGGGCAUGUAGAAGAGAGCCCCCCAAAAUCACCUCAAUGCUUUGGUGGGUUAGGAUGAUGGCAGGCUUUCUUUCAGGUACCUGUGCCCUAAACUAUAUACCCACAGCUACAGGUCUGAGAGUGGUGUGACAACCAAUCCUCCUUGAGAAUUGUAGUUCUGUGAGGGUAAUAAGGUUCUCUCAACAACUCUCAGCACACGUAAGAAACUACAGCUCCCAGAAUUACCAUAUUUUUCACUCUAUAAGACACACUUUCCCCCUCCUAAAAAGUAAAGGGGGAUGUGUGUGCAUCGUAUGGAGCAAAUGCAGGCUGCACAGCUAUCCCAGAAGCCAGAACAGCAAGAGGGAUCGCUGCGCAGCACUCCCUCUCACUGUUUAGCUUCUGGGAUUCAGAAUAUUUUUUAUCUUGUUUUCCUCCUCCAAAAACUAGGUGCGUUUUAUGGUCUGGUGCAUCUUAUAGAGCGAAAAAUACGGCAUUUGGAGGAAGCCAUGCCUUUUCCAAGUGGUAUAGCCUUGUUGUGCUUCAUUUUUUGUAAUUAGUUAAUUACCAAGUGAGGCCCUACAGGACUUUCUGCAACUGCCACACAACACUUUAUUGAGAGAUGUAGGAGAGGACAGUGUUGAAACAUCUGCCUUUUGCAUUGCUGGAAUGUACCAAUGCACAAAGCUAAGAGCCACAUCCAUUGCUCUGGCCACUUUAGUCUUUGGCCACCAUUGUCAUGUGGCCCCUGGAAGGUUUUCCAUGACAAAAUAUGGCCCUUGGGCUGAAAAAGCUUUUCCAUCUCUGGAUAUUUGGAAGCAUUACAUGAGAAUGCCUGUUAACCCUCACCCCCUGCUUCCUUUUUCCUUUAGCCCCUGAAUCUUUGCAACUGCUGGCAAAUCAAAAGCAACCAUAUAUUUUACUGCUGAGAGAUACUCAAUAAACUACUUUUCAGAAUUAAGCCACUUCAAGUACUGAUGGUGAAAAGCUUCAUUUUGUAUAAGCAAUAAGCUGAUAGCUUUGAUAUAUAAACAAUCUGCGGACUGAGAGGCCACUAAAAAUAAUCAGACACAAGUUGGAUAGAUAAGUAUGUUUUUCUUUCUUAAGAGCAUACUGAAGAGGCCGUUUUAACAAAGAAUAAAAACGUUCUUCUGCUAGUUUUAGGAUUUACAGUAUUACUAAUUUGGAACAGGAAAGAAUAACUUAAUAUCAUGACAGUUUUAAACAUCUGAGGACAACUGGGAAUAUUGCUAUUGAAAACGCAAACAGAAAAAGAGAGAACCUGUGAACGCCUCUUGUGUAUGUACAAACUUACAGAGGAAGUAAUUGUGGCUUCAUAGCUAAGAUGGAGUCUGAAACUGGCUUGUCUCAUGUUCCAUAAAGACAUAAUUCAGUCACAUCCUUUGCAGGAUUUAUAGUCUAUGUGAGCUUUUUGUAAAAUGUGUAUAAACCUUGUUCACAGGACACAGUCAGAUAAAGGCAUGGAGAACCUGCAUAUAAACAGUGAAUCAUGUACAUUGGCCAGUCCAUAGUUUCCAAGUAGUAAAUAUGCACAACUUCAAAAUAUGCACAAAGUACUGUAUAUAUUUCCCAUGAAAUAUACAGUUGUCUAGAAACUUUGCCUGUUGCCUGGCCUAUAUAUGAAAUUCAAGUGGAUAGUUUAUAUUUUUAAUGUAUGUAUGUGACCAAUAGCCAACACAACUCUCAUCAGUUCACAUUUACAAUAAUGACCUAUCAGCCUGUGCACAUUUACUACGAUUUAUGAACAUUCAACUGCCAAAUCAUACCAACAUAAUUUCCUCUGUUUACAGUGUCCUGGCAGGGUGGGGGUGGAGUGCCAUCACUUUUGUAACUAAAUGGCACCAUCCACACACAAAACAGAGGGGUCAGCAGAUUCAGAAAAAUCCCAAGGUUUGCAGACAUGCAUAUGUUAUUUUAAAAAGAAAGGAAAGGGACCUCAAAAGACCAGAGAACAGGUGAAUUCAGGCUGUGCAUGCAUGCUUUCUCGCAUACAGAUUGGGAAAGGGAGAAGGAGCACGCCAAGGGUAUUAAGCUGCCCCCCAGCCAGCAUGGCCCCCUCUUCCCCCAAGUGCCCCAGUAUUCCUUUCAAAGCUCUCAGCUGAGACACCCUACAGCUCUUGAAGGCGAGGAUCAGGCCACACACCGGAGCCAGCUGAGUCCAUGGCUUCAAAAUGUGUGUUUUCAUGUGAUAAGGCUUUCUUCUUCUGGGAAGCCUUACCACCUGAGAAAAGCCCCUCCCACACCCCCGUGUAACAUUUCGUUGUAGGGCCCAACUGCAUACUUUGUGUUUUUCGUUUUUGUUUUAUAGGUGCAUACUCCGGUCUUUGACAGCAUGUACUUCAAAGCACAUUUAGAACUUCGUAAAGUUCGUGAACAUUCAGUAAAGUGGGGUGGACCUAUAUGCAUGUCUGCCUGCCUAAAAUGGACUGGUUGGGGCAGCGAUAUACAGUCAUUAUAGUUGAAAUUUGCUGAAUAUUUUCUGCAACCACACACACCUUCACAGGGCAGCUCACUCAAAGUCUUAGGGAAAGGCAUGUUCACUAAAAAGGUCUAUGGGCACCAAAGGACUUGCACAUGGAAGUAAACAGAAAUUCAUGCACAUGCAAGUUAUUCCAUUUACUUGAAUAAGUUGGUUCCUUAAAAUGAAAUAGAAAACCAAUUGAAGCAACUGCAGUUUUUGCUAAAACCAUUGCUUUGAGAGAAUAAGUUUUCCAUAAUAAAGAAAUACAGUGUAACAUUUUUAUUGAUUUCAGGUGAGUUGAAUAUAAGUUACAUAUACUGCCGAAUAGAACUUUUAUUAUUACUUGCAUGCAAUGGAUAAAAUGCAUAGAAAAUAUUGUAGCUGUUUAGCUAUAUGUAGCAGUGCAACCAUGGCCACAUUUACCAGUAUGGAAACAAUGAAAAUAUUGGUAUAAAAAGACCUCCGUUCCUUCCGUCACCAGGCCCCCGCCCUGAUCAUUUAUUCCUGGUCAGCUGGUUUGAUAGCAUGAAGAAAAGCAUCAAGAACCGUUGAUGAGCAUCCUACAUACCUCUCAUGGUCCUACAUAGUUUUGAAUCACACAUUCUAAUUACAGCAUUACAUUAUAUGUCAUACUUGUCCAGAUCUUGGUGUCAAAUAUGGAGUGAAAUCAUCUCAAGCACAAAAAAAUUGCCUAGUACAGUGGUGCCUCGCAAGACGAAAAGAAUCCGUUCCGCGAGUCUCUUCGUCUUGCGGGUUUUUUCGUCUUGCGAAGCAAGCCCAUUAGCAGUUUAGCGGAUUAGUGCUACAGGGCUUAGCAGGCUUAGUGGAUCAGCUGAUAAGCGGCUUAACGAUAAGCUGAUAAGAGGCUUAAGGAUCAGCUGAUAAGCGGCUUAACGAUAAGCUGAUAAGCGGCUUAACGAUCAGCUGAUAAGCGGCUUAGCAUCAGCUGUUAAGCGGCUUAGCCAUCAGCUGAUAAGCGGUUUAGCGGCUUGGGAAAAAGGGAAAAAGGAAAAAAAACCUGCAGGAACUCGCAAGACAUUUUCGUCUUGCGAAGCAAGCACAUAGGAAAUUCGUUUUGCGAAGCACCUCCAAAACGGAAAACCCUUUCGUCUAGCGGGUUUUCCGUCUUGCGAGGCAUUCGUCUUGCGGGGCACCACUGUAAUUUCUCAGUGGCACUUGUACAAUUCCUCAGUAAUGCAAAUUGUUUAUCAUAUCAAAACAUAUUUAAUAUUAAGACCAUGCACUGAUUAUAUGAGAGGGAAAGAAAGAGAAAGAAUGUGAUGAGAUUGUGCCUAAGGCUAUAAACUUAUUUAAAAUCCUAUCCCUAAAUUUGUUUUACUUGGAACCAAAAUCAAUUGAUUUCAGUAGUAUUUGCUUCCAAAUGGUAUUUUUAAUAUUACAACUUUACUUUACAAUUUUACUUUCCCCAUAAUUUAAGCUUAUCAUUAAGCUAUCACUAUAUGCUUAUUUCACAUUUCUUCGGGGCUUGUACACUUGCACACAUUUAGACAAAUGCCUACACUCACGCUUCUUUUCUAUGAAGAGGAGCAGAUAUCACAGUGCUAUUGUCACAAGCAUUUUACGAUAGGUUAGAUUUAAAGGUUCCCUUCUUCCAAUGGAAGGAGCUUCUUAUGAAAUAAGACUCCUUUCAUGAGAGGAAACUCCUUCUGUCAGAGAAAGGAAACCUAUGCCUCCAGCCCAAUAAAGACCUGACCAUUUUAGAACAUCAAAGUUUCUAUGGUGGUUUAUGAACCUGGAACUAUUAUAAACUCCCAAAAGGCUUCAGUGUAGUCACUGAGCUGGUUCACAUGUAAUUCCCAACCAUGGUUUGGUGUUGUAUGAAUGAGACUCACGUUCAUCCACUCCUUUCACUUCUUCCCAUCUCCUCUUCAUUCUACUAUUGCAUGUUUUGCUUACCACCCUGGCUUCUUAACUUGCAGCAAAUCAUAGUUUGUGAUUAUAUCCAGUUGGGUGAUCUGUAGUUUUUACAUAGCUAGCCUGCAGACCAGAAUUAGAAACCAUAUUUGAAUGUACUAGACUACAGGAUAAAAGUUAAGAAACAGGUUUGUGGGAUUUUAGUGGUGGGAGGGUGAAAGCCGCUCUGCCCCACAUAAACACACAGACACUCCCAGUCAUCCUUGGGACCCUGUGCUGGCCACCUCUGAAAGAUAAAUUAUCCGCUUAAGGGUGAGAUACAUGAUUAGCAUCAAGGGUAGUUUGAGGGUGUAAAACCAAGUGUACCUUGAGUAAUCAUCCCUUUAGAAUUCUUCAAAUUUUGAACUCAAAACCAAAAGUUAUUGAUUGCCCCCCAGUGCUUACACCAGAUUCAACUAAUUGGCCUUGCAAGUGGAAGACCAAAGAAGGGCUUUUUCUAGCACUGUGGGGCUGUCCUCUCCUUGUAUGCCCUCCACACCCCAAAUUGGCUGAGGGUCAGGUCGGAAGAACCUCCCAGGAUAGUUCACAGAGGGAGAAGAGGGGAGAUGGUUUUGCUGGGCAAGCAGAUUGAAUGUUUGUAACAGUGUGACACUGAAUUUCUCCCAUGGUGUCCAAUUUUUUGAUAGGAAAAAGGCAGAGCACCUUCCAGUAGACUGUACAGAGUAUAGAAGGGAAUGGUGGGGAUUUUCUACAAUACCAGUUUUUACAUGCUGGACUGGAUACUACUAUUUAGAAUGUGGGUUGUCGCCCGCAGACUAGGGAGGCUAAAAAAUAGUAAUAUGCAGGUAUUUAGGUUAAAUGUAAUCCAGAAAGCAUAAUGCACCUUAAUUUGGGUGGGAAGAAAUUCUGCAUUUCAGUGGUAGGUUGCUGGUGCGGUGGGGAAAAGCACUUUAAAAACAGUAGGUAAAUGGAUGUUAAUACUUAAACCAUUAUUCUGCAUGGUGCAGGAGUGGGGAACAUAUGACUCCCCACAUGUUGCUGAAUUACAAGUUUCAUCAUCACUGAGACCAUUGGUCAUGCUUGCUGUGGCUGAUGGAAGGCCAACAACUUCUGGAAGUGUACCCCUGAACAUGAGUCUAAAUAUAUAUAUUUACAAAAUGCCUGUUUGUAAAUAGCAACAAGUUGUGUGGUUUCAGAGUAAGAAUAAGUACCCGGUUUUCAAUGUAUCAAACCUGGUUGACAUGUAGUUUGAGUGUGGCUUAGGAAUUAGAAAACAGGGCUAAGAUGAAGUCAUUCAUACUGUGGAAACACAAGUGGCUUUCUUGGCAGACUGCUUUGAAGACGAUUACAGUGAUAUUGCAAUCUCGGUGUUGAUUGUGGCAUGGUUGGGCACAUCUAUAAUUUUUGCCUAGAUCUAAUCAGCAGCUAAUAAAGAAAGUGGGGAGGAGGGAGUAGCUAGAAUAAAUAUACAGUAUAUCAGGAAGGAAAAUAUUUAGGGAAUGUUGCAUUCAGGAAAACAAAACAAGCAAGCACUGCUUUAAAUUAGGAAAUGUGCAUUAGAAAAAAAAAUAUUUCAGUUCUGGAUGUAUUUGGGUGUGCUACAGAAUACAUUUUCAGAGUAAGCAUGUCUAUCAGGGCUUUAAUUGCUACACUUAGAAGAAUGUCCUCUCUUCUCCACCCGCCCUACCCCCCUCAACCCGACAAGAAGCCAGAGUUAGCUGCGCAAAUGAACAGGCUUCACAAGAAUCAGAUUCUCUUUGGACGACUCUUCACAUUCCCAGUCAUCAUUACAUUUAGGCAGCACAAUUCCGCCUCUGGUUGAUGGGCAGAGAAAGUGGGCAGCUUGCCAGGUAGACGUUACCAUGACUCCCAACCCCCAAAGGUGAUGCAUUUUUCAGCUAAUUCAAUGAAGAGUGGGCUGAACUUUGGGUAUAAACUAGACAAUAGCUGCCUUCGCAGUAUCAGCAGAAUGGUUUAUGGGAAUGCACUCCACAUUUGGCUGAAAAAAAUCAUGUGACCUUACGGCUGAGAUUUUGCAAUGGUGCCAACGGAGACUUGGAAAGAUGCAACCCCUGGCUUCUUUUCCCUCGUUCCUUAUGUGGCUCAGAAAAUGGUGGAUCUUAAUACUUGACUUUAACCAGACUCAGCAAGCAACAGAGCCUUGAAGCACAACUUUGCCUUUCUUCUUCUUUUCCCUUUUUUGGCAGGCCACCAAGAGGCUGCCCCUUUCACGCCUGAUACAGUCUGUUGCUUAUCUGUCUCCUGAUAGAUGUGAGGGAAAGAGGAGGAAAUCCUAAACAGAGUAUUUAGGGUUAAAAAGAGAAAGAGAGCUGCAUUUGAAAAGGACAAAUUCAAGAGAGAGUCGUCGUUUUGUUUGAAAGGUGGCAUGGCAGCAUUUUGGAGGUAGUUUACGACAAGCCUUUUGGGCGUCUGGAGAAUAAAAGUUUCAAGUGUUUGGAUGUGCUGGCGUUGGAGCUGGGCAGACCUGACAACAGCAUUGAACAUGAGAUCAUUGCAAGCACAGUGUAAGCAACUGGCACUCUGCCUCUCUGCCCCUUGGCUUCGGCAGAUUUAUGCAAGCAUCAUUUAUGAAAUCAGCACAGGAGUUCAGUGGAUUUUUUUCCUCCUCUCCCCCCCGGCUUGCCCUGCUUCUGGUCCUGCACAGGCGGCCGCCGCAAGGAUUGGUGCAGUUUUUGCGCAGUGCCAUGUGCCUGGAAUUCUAAGAAGAACGAAAAAGACGGCAGACACCCUGUUCCUCACUCCUGGAUCUAGACGGUGCCUAGGAAGCUACAAAGUCUGAGUUUGGAAAGAAAGUCAACUGACUUGUUCACAAAAAAUAAUAAACACUGGCAUGUUUAACUACAGGAGCUUCAAGAUGUCUUAGGGAUUCUUAGGACAUAACUAAAUCAGCUGAGAUGUUCGAUUCAUUAAAAAUGUGUUUUUGUUGCAUCAAUAGGUUGCAAUGAGUGAUAAAGCACCUUUUGAAACAGGUAUAGCAGAUAUUGUUAAUUUGUUUUCCUUUCGUUUUGAAGCUGAAAUCCUUGUCUUAUUCACUUUAACGUUCUUGACCAAUCACACUGCUGAAAAGAUCUUUUUGUUUCAGUCAUGUCUGAGUACUGCUAAAAAUACAAAAGUAAACAGAGGCUCGAGAAUGUUAUGAUUAACUUUGGGCCACGUUUAAUCUUAGCUAAGUGCUGAAGUAGUGCAAAGUCAUCUUGUCUUAUGGCUAUUCAAGAUAAAUGUUGACUAUAAUCUCUAUAUGCCUUCAGGUAUAUAGACUGCUGCUGCAAAAGAACGCAGGCUAAUUUUUUUAUUCCUGCUUCACAAAACUGGUACAAUGGGUCUGCCCUCUCAUCAGUGCUUUGAAACAAUAAUAUAAUUCUUCUAAUGCCUAUAAAAGUUUAUCACUAUUUCAGUCUAACUGCAUUAUGAAGAAUUCAGUGGCAUAAGGACAGAAAUGAAAGGCGUGUUAUUAUAACUUUCAUAUUGCAAGUCUGGUUUUCAGUUAGUAACAAUGUCUAUUUUUGGAUGUUUGGUAAUGGAGCACUUGUCCAAAAAUAGUUGGGUGGACAAAAAUGCGAGGCCACGCAUUCAAUAUUUGUUUACAAAGAAGCUAUGCACAGUUACUCAUGGCAUUAAAGGAUAAUGCCGCCUCAGCAAAUCAGUUUCCUUUAAACUGUUCCGUUGCUGUACAGCUUUCAUAUUUCUAAUCAGAAAUAAUUUAAGUUGGAACACUGGAAAAUAAUUGUGCACAUCAAUGGGCAAUGAUUGUAACCCUUUCCAUACUUCUAAGUUUUGUUUUGUGUCUUUAAAAAAGCAGCUCCAACUAUGAAUUAUAACUUAGAUUAAAUAUUUUGAAAUGAUUUGUGUAAAAGUGAUUGUUGUCUGUUGUGCAGGUUACACAUGCUAGGGACAUGAAGGGUAAAUAUUUCUAACAGUUUGUGGCAUGAUGUCAAAUGUGGAUUCUAACAUGCUGUUUUGAACUUUGCAAGGAGUAGAGAAAAAACAAAGAACAGUAAGAAACUGCCAAGGGAGGUUAAUUCACAUUUGACAAAUAUAAGUCCUUAACUAGGAUUUACACUGAAGCAUUAAUUAGCUUGAUUAUAUAUUUUUCCCCUAGCUGUUAUAGUAAAAGAAUUGCAUAUUGGAAUUAAAAUAAAUAUGCCAGUAGAUCUCCGUGCUGUAAUGGAAAAGUAAUUAUUGUGUAGACUAAGAAGUUAUUGCUUAUGUGAACAGAUAAAUCACUGCAUUUAAAAGUUUUAUAGUUUUAGGCUGCAAUCCUAUGCAACUUUCAUGAAAGUAAGAGUAAACAUGCUUAGGAUUGCACUUUUAUCUUCCUACUCAAGUCGCACUUUUUCAUUUUAUUAAACAUGCAAAUCUAUUUUGUCCCUCUUUGCUUGUUUGUAUCAGACAAGCUUCUAUAUAUUUACAUAUUUUAAAUAAGUGUGCUUUUUUCUUACUUUUGUCUAAUAAAUUAACUUUAUAUGGUCUCAGCAGGAGCACACAUUUCUUUGUGCAUAAUAUCAUGAUCAAGAGACCUUUUAAAAUGGAUCGUAUUGUAGAACAUUUUAAUGUUGUGUUUCUUCAUUUUGUUAUAGGGCUGUGAAAAAUUAA